AAAAAAAUGAGCCUAAUGGAUAUCACAAAAAUGUUCUCCAUGCUCCAGCCCAGAGAAGAUGAAGAAGACAACGGAGAAAGCGAGGAGCUGAACCGAGCGGUAUCUGAGGACAAUUACCAAACCCUCGAUAACCUCUUGUCCCAAGACAGGUACAAGAGGUUCAUCAACCGCAGGAGCGGCUGGGGCGUACCCAGCACCCCCCUCCGCCUGGGGGCGCCCCAACGCCCCCCCUGCCCCGCCGCCACGUGGGGCCGUGUCCGGAGCGUGAAGGUCCUCUUGGCUCACGGGGCGGAGGUGGACAGCCUGGACGUGAAGGCUCAAACCCCGCUCUUCAUGGCGGUUAGCAACGGCCACCGGGAAUGCGUGAAGGUCCUACUGGAAGCGGGGGCCAGCCCCAUUGGCAGCAUCUACAACAAUUGCUCACCACUGCUUAUCGCCGCUAGGGAUGGGAACGUGGACAUCCUGCAGCAGCUCCUGGACCACGGUGCGGAAACCAACGUCCAACCGAGGUUGCCCGAGUGGGCUGCCAACUCGGUGGCUUGUUCUGGUCCCCUCUACCUUGCUGCCGUGUACGGGCAUCUGGAGUGCUUUAAGAGGCUGUUGCUUUACGGUGCUGAUCCCAACUAUAACUGCACCGAGGAGAGGGUGAUCGCCCAGAUCAAGGAGCCCAAGACUCUGCUGGAAACCUGCCUGAGGCACAGCUGCCGGAGCGAGUUCAUCAAGCUGCUCGUUGACUUUGGAGCCAACGUGUACUUGCCCAACAUCACCGUGGACGAGACAGCACCCCACAGUGAGGGCCUGGAGCUGUUGCUGCAGGCAAGAGCUCAUCCCAAGUCCUUGAUGUCUCAGUCCCGGCUGGUGAUGAGACGCCUCCUGAAGCAGGCUGGUCGCCCGCACGCCCUCAGCGAGCUGGAGAUCCCCACGGUCCUGGUGAACUAUCUCCGACACCAGCCGUGA